AUGAAUGGAGUCUGGUAUAACGAUUCUAACAUAAAUCCUGGAAGACCCGUAAGAAGUAGUUAUUUUGGUUGUAUUACCCAACUCUAUCAAAUUGCAUUAUUUGAUAAACAUAAUAAACCGAUGAAUUAUAAUAUUAUCAUUGACGAAGAUGAUCGAAAUUUGAUUAAAAAACACAAAUGGUAUCUCACGAAUGAAAUUGUUGUAAAUGAGAAUGGUGUUGCUUUAACAGAAAUUCUUACCGGUGCCACCAAUGUUAAACUGAAGGAAGGAAAAAAU